AUGUUACUCAUCGCAGUUUUUAUAUUUCUCUCAAAAAUCGCCGAAUCAAAAAGUCCUGGCUAUGCACCUCCAACAAAAUUUCAUUUCAAGCCAACAAUUAACUGCACUUUGGGUCUUAAAGGAACUUGGUGUAUUCAAGUUUGGGGUUUAGAGGACGAUAUUGGGUGAGUUUUUUGUUUGAUCACAAAACAUUAGACUAUUUUUAUAGUAUUUUUUCUUCGAAUUACGACGAACUUGGAAAAACAGAAAGAAUAUGCCAACCUUUCUCAAAAACGGAGCUGGCGCUACAUUUUGAAGGGGGAGACACGCAUGACUACGGUGGUAGUUUUGAAGUUGUUGUUGGUUAUCGACACAAUUGCACCGUCGAUGGCGGGAUUAAAGAGUUUGUGAGCAAAAUUCAUGACCUUCCAGGAGAUAUGUAUAGACCUCAAGUUGUAAGUGGAAACGCAUUGCUGGAUGAUCACGGAACUCCUAAGGCUGAUGGAAAAUGGACCUCGAGAAAGUUUAUGGGGUAUGAAAUUGAGGUUAAAUAA